AUGAUGUUGGUCCAGUCGAAGAUGCUCUCAAUCAAGCCCAUCGUCUCUAAAGAAGCCAGUCAACCAGUCCAACAGGAGGCGCCUUGCCAGCAAGACGCCAAAGCCUCGCCCCCUGCAACUGCUCCCGAUGAAGCCGUCGCACCUGGGUCCACCGCAGAUAUUGUGGUCUCAAUCCUUUCCUCCAUGAACCAGCCCUGUGAUGAAGCCCUGGCCACAGAUGCAGAUGCAACCAUGAAACCCCUGGUACCAUACCAGCAGCAACAAGUGAUGGGGUCCAAGCGCAGCUCCAUGGCCCAAACUCGCUGUGAUCAUGUGGUCGUGGACAGUGCCCCUUUAAGCAAUGCCUCAAUUUUUCCUCCCGAAAACCUACAGGAAUGUGAUGAGCUUAUCCGCGUGUCUGAGGAACGAGGGUACGAGCAAGCCCUUGUCAAUAUUGGUAUGGGAAGGCAGAAGCUGAUGCCUAAUGUUCGCAACAACUUCCGGUGUAUUAUUGAUUCUGAAGAGAUAGCUCAUGCAUUCUGGGAAAGGAUUACAGAGUUCAUUCCGCAGACCAUGGGGAAAUUCGGCAGCACGAAAAUAGCAUUGAACGAAAGACUCCGAUUUCUCCGCUAUGUCCCUGGAGAAUACUUUAAGCCGCAUCAUGACGGCAUUUAUCAACGAGACAACGGUGAAGCUUCUCUCAUCACCGUACAAAUCUAUCUGAAUGAGGGUUUUCAAGGAGGCAGUACAACGUUUCUCUCCAUGGAUGAAUUUGAGAGAGUCGAGUGCGUUCCCAAAACAGGGCGUGUUCUUAUCUUUGAGCAUCGUAUCUACCAUGAAGGGUCGUUACUGAAGAAAGGAAAGAAGUACGCAAUCAGAACUGACGUCAUGUACACACCGGCAGAUUACAAAUCUCCAAAUCCAGACACGUUUGAUGGGUAAAGAGCCGUUAUCCGUAUAUUUUAAGUUAUCACACAAGCGCGAUUGGAAUACCGAAAAAUAUAGCGUUUCUGCGUUUUGGUAUGGGAUGCAGACGUGCUACAUUUUUCCGUUUUUCCACGAGCGCGUGUGUGAUAACAUAUUUGUCUUCAAGCAAACUUGGCGUGUGACAUAGAACCAACAAGAUAGAGGUAGUGAUAUUAGUCAUGCAACUUCGGUUUAUAUCACCAGUCCAUUCUGCAAAUCUGAUUGGAGGAUUAGCGCGAACUUAAAGAUAAAGACUGUAAUAAUAAUUUGGGAGGCUAAUCAUCCUUACUCACAGUUCAGAGCUUAAUCACAAUGGACGCGGCUACAACAUGUUUCGAGAAGCGGGCAUGCAAGGGCGCCUUAGGCAGCCAGCCACAUCAACCCAUAGAACCGGAGCACAGCCAGAGAUCAAAAGGGUUUUGACUUUAAAGGGGGUAUAACCCUGUCUCAGCCCCAGGAGUAGUGGCAAAGGCCCCUUGAAAAAAAAAUUGAUUGUAGCCCACACCUUGAAGUGGCCUGCAGGCCUUGUGUGUUAGGCGACUUGCGGAAAAAAAAACAAAUUUAAACAAAAAAUACGGAAAAAGAAUUUUUGGGUUUGACCACAAAAACUCAGAGACCACAGGGUACUGAGACCUGAGACUGGCAAAACUGGUCUCCAGACCUACAACACUGGUAAACAAGUUACUUUAGCUUAGAGUGUGCAAAUCUCAUCUUAUACAUAACAUUUGUUUCAAUAAUUCUCAUCAAUAAUAUGCAGUUUGUAAUUUGGAAAUUAGAAUUGAAUAUUGUUUUUUAGUAUUACCAAAAAGCUCCGUAUUUACUUUGGCUACAAAACUGGGUGUGCCUCAUUGAAUAACUUGGGUCAUUUAACUUAAAGGCAGUGGACACUAUUGGUACAUAGUCAAAAUAAUUAUCGGCAUAAAACCUCACUUGGUAACGAG